AUGAGCAAUCUCGAGGUGCCUCAGAAGAGGCCAGCGAGACCACAACGAUCUGCAAGACGGCCAAAGAGUGCAUCGCGAACACCGUCACCUGCUCCCAGCGAUCUCACACCGCCGUCCGGUUCGGAUGGGGAUCCAAGCGAGAGCAGCGAGAGCAUCGAGGAUACAUCAAACCCACCGAAAAACACAUUCAACGUACCACUACCGUCCUCUUAUAUACCAAACAGGCAGUCAUCGCUAGUGAGGCCGGAAGCUCAACCACCGGUGCCGUCGCGUGCAUCGAGUUUGACCGUGCAGCAGCAGCAGGAACAAGAGCGGCUGCGAAACCGACAAUCUAGUCAAAGUCAGCAUUCUUCUUCAAACAAAUCAACAGAUAAGAGAAGCUCCUCUCUUUGGCAUACAAUUCAAUCACUUAAAAGAAAUACAAGUCAUUCUCAAUCACAAUUUUCUGGUGUGCGGAAGAGGAACACGCUCAGUCUAUUCAAUUUCCCAAGGAAGGCCUUUUCAUCGACUAACCUUAGGAAGCCAUCCAUGUCCAGCCUGCCCACUUCUCCGGCUACUCAUUUUGCCGUACCUCAAAGAUUUAGCUCCGUUGCUGCAGAUAAUGAUCAGAUACCCACUAUCAAUGAGCACCCAAUGAAAGAUAUUCACGACGAUUGGGAACCUAUACAGGCUUGGUUGAGUACUGUCGAACCACUCAAGGAAGAGGAUGAAUCUAUGGCCGAAAGGCAGCCUCUUUCCUCGAACUCUAGCAUGCUUCGUGCCCAUCAGUUUCCCGCCGAGAGUCUCGGCAACUUCGGCAACUCUGAGACGCCGCGAACAAACCCUGAACAUUAUGUAAUUCAAGACCCUUCAGGAUACUCCCCAGAAAGACGUGAAUCAAAGAUUUUAGGUGAUAGUCACGAGGAAGAGAAUACCGAAGAACGUGAACAACUGCCAUCAAGAGGACGAGCGAGGGAGAGAGCAAGCAGAAGAACAAGUGGAGGGAUAUCCAUUGAAAAAAGGCAUUCUUCGCUUCUUCGCAGUAUGAAAAAUACAGAGGAACUUACUGAAUCUACCGAAGCUGUUCAACCCACUCAACCUUUAGACCACGUCGAACCACAGCACCCUCAACCCGAAUGCAAGUCUAUUAUAUCAGUUGAAGAGGUUCAGCUCCCUCUUCACUUCAAUUCGGGACCGCAACCUAGGCACCAAAUGUCCUUCGAAUCAGACCAAUUCUCCAUCCCUCGCAAACCUAUCCGUGUUUUCAAUUAUGGUGCUAACGAUAACCAACAACCUACGCCUAGAAACUCAUUCGAAACGUCGAUAGCUUAUUCAUCAACUAAAGCGUCAACUCACUCACAUGAAAGUGGAAAUUUACAUCGUCACACGGAAGACCCUCGGGAGGAGGAAGGAGUGAUGCGGAGUGUCUAUGACAGGAGUGCUUCAUUUGCCCAGGAAGAGCGGUAUCUUGAACAGAUCGAGCAAGAUGAUGUAGUCGAAGAGCUUGGAACCCCAACUGGCACUUCGUUAAAAGAGAGCGAAGAAGUCGUCGAGCUGGGUACGCCACUUGGCACUAUCGACACGGAAGAUGAAGUCUCGAUCUUGCAAAAGGCAGCGUGCUCUCUACAUUCCCACUCCCACUCCCAUUCUAAUCCUCCGUCUGCCGUCCAAACACCAGACACGAAGGACAUUGAAUUGCCGAUACCGCCCGCGCGGGAAGAGCAGCUGUACUCGCUGGUACACCCGCUAUACUCGCCACGGAUGGCUUAUGCAUCGCACACACCGCACACACCGCACACACCGCGCUCGGCGGAUCAAGACGAGCGCAUUUCGCUAUCAUCUGGCGACAUACUAAGUGCAGAAGCUGACAAGUUAUAUCAUACUGAAAUAUUCUCGCCACAUUCUCUGCCUCCUAACGACCUACAUUCACACAAGUUCAAAUCACAUUCACCGUAUAUCAAGCUCGAGGAGUCUGACGAUAACGACCUGAUGACGAUUGAAGAUAGUUUGCAAGGGUUCUAUAUUGACAGUGCCAUUGGGCAAGCACAUUGA